CUGUUAGAUAGAGGAGAGAGCAUGUUUGGCGGCUGUCCGUACGGAGAUUUGGCGCCAAUAUUGCUGGUAGGAGAGAAAUUUAUCGGCUUUGAUGGAGGGGAAGGAGAAGAUGAUGGUGACAAAGCGGUGAGGUUUAGCGGCAAAACUGAGGUCGCCAUUUUAACGGCGAAGCUUUGGCCACCAACAACAAAAGGUUACAACAAAUUUCCUCUUAAUCUUCCUCCUCCCAUAUUCGAACUUCACAUGAACCUCAAAACCGCUUCCCCGAAAAAAAUGCCGAGAAAAGUAGCGAUUGCAAUUCCGAAAAUGCCGGCCAAAAUACCUGGAACGAUCAAAGAAGUCCAUCCUUUGGAAGUCGCCAUGCCACAGGCUGUCGUGGGCCCGCCCACAUUCGCAUUCGACGCCAGCAGCAAAAGCCUGAGCUCAAAACCGAACAUUUUUCCGAGCCCGAGUAUGAUUGCCAGGUGGACACCAAUUUGGACGAGGGCAAACAAGAAAAUACUUGGUGCUGUGGUUAUUACAUUCCGUAUGUUCCCGCUUGCACCAACCACGGCAAAAAACACCUAA